UAGUUUAUUUUCAUGACGUAUUAAUUUUUUCAGCAUGUGUUGUUUAUAACUACAAACAUGAGUGUUUCAGUAUUUAAUUCAAAUAUAAUUUUGUGCAGUGGUGAUAACGUUAUAUCAUACAACUACAAGACUAAAAUUGAAUUAUCAAUAGAACUUCCAAAAUUAAUAAUCAGCAAUAAUGUUAAACUUCAUAACAAUCUUGAUAUUGAAGCAUGUCAUGGUAUAACCUCAAUAACAUUUUCACCUGAUGGAGAAUAUUAUUGUGUUUGCACUAAUCGUAAGCAACUGUGUCUUUUUAAACGUGCUGAUAAUCUUCUUGUGUUUAACAAAACACUAAUUAGAGCGGCUAGUAAAGUUCAAUUUACUCCAAACAAUGAUAUAGUAGUUGCUGAUAAAUCUGGUGAUGCUUACCUGUACCGCAAUUCAACUGUUGAUGAUUCUAAAGAUGGAACAUUAAUUCUUGGACAUUUAUCUAUGCUACUAGAUGUUUUAGUGACUAAGAAUAAUGAAUUUAUUAUUACGGCUGAUCGAGAUGAAAAAAUUCGAGUAUCUAAAUUUCCCAAUGCUUAUAAUAUUCAAUCAUAUUGCUUAGGACAUACUAAAUUUGUGAAUAAUAUUGUCGAACUACCGCAUGAUCUCGAUGUUUUAGUAUCUGCUGGCGGAGAUGGAGCUUUUAAAUUUUGGGAUUUCAAAAAUGGAAUUGAAAUAAAAUCUAUCAGUUACAAAGAUAAAAUUAAUGAAAAUGAUAUUUAUAAACUUAAUGAAAAUUUGCGUAACUUAGAAUUGACUGAAGUCGUUGAUGAAUUGCCAGUGAAAUAUUUGAGACUUACAAAAGUUGAUGAUAAUUGUUCAAUUUUGAUGUCAAGUUUUUAUGGUAAUGGUAAUAUUAUUAUUUACCAUGUUAGUGGCACUCUCACUAGCGGAUUAACUGUUAACUUUAAACAAAAAAUUGAUGAAAAAAAUGAACCACUCGAGUGCGUAUUUCACCAAGAACAAUUGUGGCUAUUAUUUGACGAUGGAUUUAAAGUUUUUGAUCUUCAAAAUGAAAUUUUUGUUGAAAAUACUGAAAUUACUGACAAUCUUAAUAAGGUAAAUGAGUCGUGGAGAUUAUUGAGAAGUAAUGUUAAUAAAUUAAAUUUUUACCCUAUUCUUUAUAAGAGGAAAUUCGACACGAUUCAAGAAUAUCAAGAAAGAAAAAAAAGUCGAUUGACAAGUGUAAUUGAGUAGAUAACUUUGUAUGUUUGUUAUUCUGUAUAUAAUUGUUCAAAUACAAAUAAAUUGUGAAAAAACCACUA